CGGAAAUUUCCUUAUCUCUUGUGGCACAAUUUGAUGAUAUAAUGCGCAAAUCUAAAGUCCUCCAAUCGGGAUGUGAAGCAGGUGGGUUGAUAAAAUAAGAAAAGAAAUGUCCAAAUUGACUAAAAUAUUCAUUUAGACCAGUGGUGGGCAAACAUUAUUUAUUUUGUUGAAUUUUAAAGAAUUUCAUGUAUCGUAAUGAUUGUUUUAACAUUUUCGAUCAUCUUUCUUUCUUAUUUUCAAUUUUUUUAAACAGUCCUUGACUUUUGGGAAUUUACUGAUUAUAAUAUGGACAAAUGUUUAUCAACAUGUGAAAAUUGGACAUAAUAUAAAGGCUGCGACUAUUUGCACCCGGGUACCAGAAGUGAGAGGUUGGGAUUAAAAAUCUAUUUAAAAUAUUAUUGUUGGGUUUGUAAGACAAAAUAAGGUAUCAAAUGAAAGAUAAUUGACUGGACUAUAUGUUUGUAAACUUACUUAUUCAUUUUAAAUAAAAUAAUCUACCACAAAUGACAUCCGAAUAGUCAAAAUGGCCCCUGACACGCAGCACCGGCAUUAGCACCCUGGUCGCAACCUCUCACUUCUGGUUACUGGGUGCGAAUAGCCACUUUGUAUUAUAUAUGUGGCCUUCCGCACAAAAAGUUUGCCCACCCCUGAUUUAGACUUUGUAUUAUUUAACUACUGAUUAAAAGUCAGAGUUAAAGUAAACUGGGAAGAAACAAAACAAAUUAUAAUUAUUGUACACUUUAUAUUCUUCAGUUAUUUGUAUGAAACAGUAUUCCCAAAAUAAAAGUCUGUUGGCAAUAAUGUGGGGAGGCAAAAUCUAGAUUUAGGUCUUAUUUUAAUAAAUAAACAAUCUAAUUUUAACAUUAAUGUAUUUAUAUUUCUUCCACAAACUUCUUUCAGUUUGUUACUAUGAAUUUAUUCUUGUUUAGGGAUAAAACUAAUUUCAAUUUUAGGGAACCUGAUGUUCAGCACUUGGACCAGAAAACAGUGAAUACAUAAACUUUUUAAGAAUGUUAAAUAUCAUUACAAGUUUUUUUCUUUAACCUCAUUUGACAUUUUCAGAAUUUGUUGCAUUUGCUAUGAAUCAAGAUGAGGCAAGGAAGAAAUGGCUUGCAGCCGAACAAAAGAAUGACAGUAUUGAAGAUAGAAUAAAACGUGCUGAGUCUCAGGCCGCAGCUUUAGAGACUCAGUUGAAGCAUGCAAGGUAUUCUUUGAAACUUAAUAAGUGCUGAGACUGAGUAAAAUAGAAUUGUAGUCUAAUAUUUAAACCUGCCAUAUUUUUAAUGUAAAUUUUACUUUUGUACUAUCUCCGCAGAAUGCAAGCAGAAUAUGAGCUUCAGCGAAGAAAAGUAGCAGAGCGGGAAAAAGAAGAUAAGGUAACAAAAGCAGAAAAAUUACUUAAACCCUCGAACUGUGGCAUGCAUCAUUCUGUGGUGUGGAGCUUUUAAGAGCUUUUUGAGUGCCUUUUGAAAUUUUAUUAAAUGACAUAGAAAUAUUGAUGCAAGACCCCAAUAAUUAUAUAUUUUUAGAUAGGUAAAUGGAUGGGGAUAAAGUUGGCCAUAUUGCUCACCCCGUAAAAAAAAAAAUUUUGCUCAGUGUCCUUGACCUUGGAGUUCUCAAGAAAAUAAAAAUCGACAAAAUAUUUGCUUUCAAGUGCUCAUAAAUCAUUAAUUUGUAUAGAUACAAUUAAAACACAAAUCUAAACGUUGUAGCCAAUUAAUUUAUCUAUCAGAAAAUGUAUUGUUUGCUAGGUUUUGAUUGCAAUUAAACAUCUGAAAGCAAUUUUAGUAAUUUUAGGUCAUUUAUAUAAGAAACUGGGACCACUGCUAAAAUCAAGUACAAAAUACAAAAUCUCAGGCAAAAUAGUUAUUAUUAAUUAGUAAACAUUUAAAAAGGAACUGUGGAACUGAUUUUGGUUGUUAAACUAUAAAAUUUAUUAGUUGUGAUCUAUAAUCUAUAGCUUCUGUGACUAAAAUUCAGUCAGUCCUUGCCCAACCUCCGGGCCUGGCUCGAAGUCAAACAGUAGCCUCAGUAGGCCUACUUCAGUAUCACUAAGACUAGUAUCAGAUUCACGAAAAGAAGAAUCUGAAGUGAGAUGUCAUGGGGAAUGUUAAAAUCAUAAUCAGUAUCACUUAAAUUCUCUCCUAAACAGCUUUCAAAAAUAUUUAUAUUAGUUCUCGCACUGACGGCCUAGCCAUAGCUUCCGUCAUUUUUGCUUUUUAAAAAAACAGCAAUAUAAAAUUCCGAUUAAAAAGUUCUUAUUGUUCAUUUAUCAAGAAACAGCUUGACCCGGAAUUUGAUUUAAUUAUUAAUAAAAGGAAAUGGCUACCCACAGUUCAGGGGUCAAUGCAAUUUUAAAACUCAAAGUUCCCUCUAGUAUUGCAGUUGCUGGCCAUUGCAAACUGAUAUUUUUGUGGUUCAAAAUGUGAAAUUAACUAAUCUGCUUUAUGCUUUUAAAUGACAGGAUCGUCAACUUGAUGUUAUUAGAGAACUGUUAAAUGACAAGAACAGCAAGAGCAUACUUCAUGAAAAUGACAGAGAGAGGCUGGCAGCUAUUGCUAAUAGCCAUCGUCAGAGUGCACAUUUAGAUGGAAGCAACAUAAGGUACAUUUUAUAUAAAUAUUUUUAACUAAUACAAUGGUGAAGUUGUGUUCUUUAGGAUUUUUUUUAUCAUAAUAUUGUAUUUGAAGAAUCUAUUAUAUUUUUAUAGACUGAACACUAUCUUGGAACAUUCAGCAUCUUUUCUGUCUGAUGUGAGUUAUGACAAAACAGAAGAAGAUCCCCUUAAUGAAACAAGACUUCGAAAUGGGAAAAAGUUUAAGCGCCCAACAGCACCACCUGCUGAGGAUCAAGAACAAACACCACCAAAGCGACAACGGGAGGAAAAUGUGAGAAGCUUAAGUAUUUUUAAAUAUUGAUAGUUAAUAAAGAUUUUGAUUUUGUAAGAAUUUCUUUACCAUUCACAGCUCAAUCAGUCCAUUAAAAACUAUAUGUAUAUUAGUUUCAUCAACUUUGCCUAAAGUUUUUGAUGUAACAUGAAUUUGCAACAUCCCACCAAGAUCCUUAUAUCUUAAGCUGUUAAUUUAUAUUCAAGUCAUGGCUUAAAUUAAAAUAGACUGAAUUUGCCAACCCUCCUCAGGAUCACAACAGCUCUAUAGUGACAGCGGUGAUUACUAUUGAUACUGCCGGCAAACCCAGUGCCACUGUAGAAACAAACAUUGUACCAAAAUUGAACAAAAGUUUUAGUGAGCCCUCAUUGGAUAAAAGAGGAAAUGGUGGAGGUAACUUGACAGCCGUAUUAUUAAAAUUUGUAUUUUCAUAUAAAAACUUAGCUUUAUAUUUCAUUAAAACUAAGUAAAGCACUUAAAUGUAAAUUUUAUAUGAUUGUUUGUUCAAAAUUUAUUUGGAUACAAUUGGAUAUAUAUUUUAUUUUCAUUUCCUGUCUGAUUGCCCUGGUACUGGACACACUUGUAGGCUAAGAACUGAUUGUCUGCCAAAUAUCAGACAUCAAGAUUUCAAGAAAUUUUUGGGGAGAGUGCUCUAUUCCUUUAAAAAAAAUUAAUUCUUUGUUAAUGUCGCUAGUGUGUUUUUAUUGGGACAUUUCCAAUUUACAGCAAGAUUUAUUUGAGCCGUUGAUGCACUAUAGGCUUAUUUUUUAAAUUUAAUUCCAGACAGUGGUCCAGAGAGUGAUGAUGAAAUAUAUGGAUUUCCUCGGAACAACAAUGCCAACAGGAAUUACAACGCCCAACCUCGCAAAAGUAUUCUUAAGAACACACCUGAGUAAGUUCACAUCCUAUUUAAGGUUAACAAACUACAUGUGUGUUUUUUUUCUUUUCCUUAAAGAGUAUUUCCAAGUUUAAUUUUGUCAUUGACUUAACAAAUUAUAAGUCACGCUAAUCUUCAUAAUGAUUGAUAAAUUACACAAAAAUAACAGACUAAAUGGAUGGUUUAUAGUCUUCCAAUGAUUGUAUCUAUCUGUGUUGAACAGGACUCCAACUUUGCGGAAGGCCAAUUCAGCUGGUAGAGGCUUAAACAGAGUUCAUAUAUUCAUCUCUAAGACAGUCAUUAAACCUGAAACAUGUGUCCCUGUAAGUUUUCUAUAUAUUUUAUUUUCUCUUAGCCCGCUUUUAUAUAUGGUUUUAAUUUGUUUUGUUUUUUUCUUGUCUUUUUAUUUCAUUAACAAAAAAAAAAUUUAUGUUGAUAGCUGAACCGAAAAGUCAGAUUGUCACUUUUAUAUAUUUCAGUGUGGAAAGAGAAUAAGAUUCAGCAAGUUAGCUAUGAAGUGUAAAGGUAAGUAUUUACAGCUACUUUUUAAUGUUUCUAUUUGUAUUAGUAUUUAUAGUAUAUGUAAAAAAUGUGCUGUAUGGAUGAUCUAAUUUCUUGCAACAGACUGUCGAGCUGUGUGUCAUCCUGAAUGUAAAGACAAGCUACCCCUACCAUGUAUCCCAUCCUGUCCUAGUACACCUGGUGGAAACAAGUUAUCUGAUGUAAGGAUAGAAAAUAUGUUAGUGUUUGGGUUAAAUUUAUACGUUGUUGUUGGAAAGGGUUAUUUUAUGGCACAUCUAGAAUGGUUAGUUGUACAUUUCCAUUUUAUUUUUUAAGGGACUGAUUGCAGAUUUUGCCCCAGGAGAGAGACCCAUGAUUCCACGACUAAUUGUAAGUACUUAUCUUUGUGAAUUAUAGACAUGAAAUAUCUUGCUGAUAUCAGCUCUUGAAUUUUGGGUUUAUGUGAUUAACCAGUUAAUGUUUUUAGGAUUUCAGAAGCUUACGGUAGUACAAUAUAACACAAGAGUUUCGUUUGCACACUCAGGUAGUACAAUAUAGGGCAAGAGAUUUGCUGGCACGCAGGUAGUAUGAUAAAGGACAAGAGGUUUGUUAGCACACACAAAUGUCGGUAGUGUCAAACUCCUGUUUAUACUAGAUUGUUUCAUUCAUUAAGUUCUUUCGCACAUUGUAAUACAUUAAACUAGCACUGAAUCAACUCAAGUACUUUUUCAUAAUAAUUUCAACUUUAAUAUAUAAUGUAAAUUCACAGACUGUUAAUUCAAUAUACACAUGUAUAGCGCAGCUAGCUAUCAGAGAGAAAUACAACACAACCUCCUUUCACAACUCCCGCACGACUAAAACGUAUGACACAAAACAGACCAGACAAUACGUCAUAAUAAGCAUAAAAAUAUGUCACCGAGUUAAGCACGGGAAGAGCGUUCACUAACUAAUAAAUCUCUCAAAAACACACCGCACUUAAUCAAACAUAAUAUCCAGUCGCAACAAUUAUUAAUGAAUUCCCUUACCCGACAGGUAGUAAGUUAAUCAAAAUCUUAUCAUCUCUGAUAUUGCCCACAACCUAAUUUAUUUAUAGAUCUUCUUUGAACUCAGACAUUUUGAUAAAUAAAACUAGUGUUGAUCCUCAUGCAAAUAUUCAUUAAAACAUCAGGUUAACUGUGCCAAUGAGAUAGAAAAUCGAGGCUUGGAAGAAGUAGGCAUCUACAGGGUACCAGGGUAAGUAUUGAAAGGAAAUAUUUUAAUGAAUAGUCCUUACAUUAUAAUUAUUUUUAUCAGGGCACUGAACUGUUAGUUUGAAUUAUCAGAAAGAUUAUCUAACAGGUGCAUGUCUGUUAUUUAUUUUGUUCUAAUUUUUUUUAGAUCUGAUAAAGACCAAAAAGAACUCAAGGAAAAGUUUCUUAAAGGCAGAUAUCCCAAUCUUGUGAGUACCACCAAAGUCUUACCUUUCCUUCUGAUGAUUGUUGGAACCCAAUUUGAUUUUUUUGUUCAAAACAUAAAUUGCUAAGGAGUAUCAUUUUUACCCUUUACUUAAUGUAGUUAAUUAUGGAUAAGCUUCUCUCUCUCAUUUUUUUUUUUUUUUCCCCAAGUCGCUGAUCCAUGAUAUUCAUGUUGUAUGUGGAUGCCUAAAAGAUUUCUUGAGAGGUCUUAAGGAGCCCCUUGUUACUUUUGCACUCUGGAACAAAUUUGUUGAGGCAACAAGUAAGUGGAAAUAAUUAUACAAUUUUAACUUUAUUAAAUAAAAUUGAAUUUUAAAAAUAUAUAUUUCUUUGAGAAAUUAUUCAUUCAAUAUCUUGUUUAUAUUAUCUGGCAAAUCAUUGUAUACGUUUGAAUCAGUCAGAGCCCUUAAAAUUAUUAAAUUUACAAAUUAGGAAACCGUUCAAGUGAGAAAUGCAGGGAUGAGUUGUGCCGUCUUGUCAAUGAACUACCCCAGGCCAACAAAGACACAUUGGCUUUCCUAGUUCAACAUCUUCAGACGUAAGUGUCAUCAAUUAAAUAGCCUUAAAAUAUUAUUAAAAAUAUGUGCCAUCAUGUAUUUUAUGUUCUUACAAUAUUCAUUGCACUUAAUUGUUUUUGGAAUGACUUGUUCCAGAGUUGCAGCCACCCCAACAUGCAAGAUGCCAGCUUCCAAUUUAGCAAAGGUGUUUGGGCCAACUAUUGUGGGUUACUCUUGUCCUGAACCAGAGCCAAUGCAAAUAAUGACAGAAACUCAGAAACAAAAUCAGGUAUAAAAUAACAUCAAAUAUAUACAAGGAAACUAAGAGUCAGCUUUAUAAUUUUUGUGUAGGGUUCAAUUAAUUCUCAUUCCAUCCUGCUUAUUUACCCCAUUUCAUCUAAAUAUAAAACACAUACAUAUUUUGCUACACUUACAACUUUCAAAUAUAGAUAAUACAUCCCAUUUUUAUUUUAAAAAAAUAUUUCACAUCUUAAGUCUCCACUUUAAUGACCGAAAUAUUUGUAUGGUCCUCAUACUUGUUGCAAUGGUCAAAAUUAGUUUUGGUGGGCUUCAUCUUAUGAAUGGCACUGAUCUGAGCAAUUCUCUAUAAUAAUCCUAAAUGAAUGGAGGCAGAUAGAUUUUGUCAGUGAAGUCUACAUUUCGGUUAUUUUAUUUGCUAUCUAGGUAAUGGAGCGUUUGCUUGAGAUACCAACAGAUUUUUGGAGUGACGUCCUUAACGUUGAUGACAUCAGUUUAUACCCAGCUGGUACAUACACACCUGAUAGUGCACAUUAUGGUAUGUAUCAUGUAAUCAAUUAAAUUCCAUUUCUGUUAAGUCCUCUUAGCGUAACAAUCGAUCCUCAACAAAGUAGUCCGUUCUUUUUUCAAGCCAUAAAAAUGUUUUUCUGAUAUUUAUUUCACACUACUUUAACAACGCAGUCUCUCAUAUCCUUUAAGCUUGACAUUAUACUGCUGCUAUUUCUAUGUACUUAUUCCUUACCUUGCUGUUUCCCCAUCUUCUAGGAAGAAGGCAUUUAGCCAAAACGACAUGGAAAAUGACCUGUUUUUUUUUUUUUGUUUUUUUUCAAGCCCAAAAAUAUCUUGUUCCACUAUUUUUUUUUACUUUACACAGCUUGAAUGCAGUCCCUGAUACAAAGUAUUAACUUUUUAAAUUUCUGCAAACUUUUUUUGAAUUACAACUUAGAUUUUGAAGGGUCAAAUAUGUUUGUAAUCUAAUACUGAUUAGAUGUUUCGAAGUGCAUAAUUGAAAGCCAUAUUUUUAAAAUCAUUUAUUAAAGACCUGAUCUAUGAUGCUAUUUUAUAAUUCUCUUUAGGGCUUCGCAGCAUGUUGGGUCCUAUUGGCACCCCUGAUAGGCCUGACAUUUAUGGAAAUGAAAUUAGAAAGGCACAAACCACACCAAGGUAAGAGACUUUUUAAGUGCUGUUCAGAAAAUUUUAAAUAAUAAUACCAAAGUACUGCAGGAAACGGUAUUAGUCUGUGUUGUAAAGUCAUGACAAACUGGCCACACCCUAAGUUAUUUUUGUUUUACAAUAUGAAUAAAGGUUUAUAACUUUUUGUUUCUUAUUUCUCAGGGACUUUAAACACGCUGUUGUGGGAAAGUGGGUAUUAUUGUAUGAUAUUUAACUUGCAUCUUUCAUAGCACUGUAUCCAUGCACAAUCUGCAUCUUGAGCAAAGUUGUGAACCAAUUUGAACAAAUAAACUACCACAAAUGACAUCCGAAUAGCACUGAGUCAAAAUGGUCCCAGACACACAGCGCCGCCAUUCGCACCCAGGUACCAUUAGACUCAAGCUAUUCGGAUGUCAUUUGUGGUAGUUUAUUUUAGUUAAACUGAAGAAGUAAGUUUACAAACAUACAGUCCAUUCUAUUAUCUUUCAUUUGAUACCUCAUUUUGUCAUACAAACCCAACAAUAAUAUUUUCAAUAGUUUUUUAAUCCCAACCUCUCACUUCUGGUACUCGGGUACGAAUAGUCGCAGCCUAAUUUUAAGGGGUUCAGAUUUGCUAGGUUUAAAAUAUUUACUUGUUAAUCAUUAUCUUAUUUACCAGCAAUACAGGAUUUAAACGCCUAUCAAUAAUUUUACUUCCUAUACUGAAUUCUCACUUUAUGAUUAAUUAUACAGCAUCUUAGUGUCCCUUUUAACAAUAAAACUGCAAAUCGUGCACUGUCUGAUUAUUCUCACUUGUUUUAACCUUGUGUACUUAAGGUGAGGACUAACAAUGUGACUAUAUAUUCCCAUAUAAAUCUUGCACAAAUGCAUAUGAGAUAACUAAGCCUGCUUAGCUUUUCUUUUCUCGUUAAUGCCCUAAUGCUUGAAUUCUUUCAUUCUUUUUAAUGAACUUUUUGGAAGUGAAUUAUUUGUUUAAAAGUCUUUUUGUCUGUCCUCGAUAAUUUAUUUACAAGUUUUCCCAUAACAUUUUCAUAUUUAUACUUGGUGACUUUAAAAAAUUUUUUUAAAUUUAUUUAUUUCUCUUUACUAUCUAUUUUACGCAUGGGGGCAUGAGCAUCUUGUUAUUACAUAUAAUGGAAUAAUUAUGAAAGUGUGAAAAAUGUUAUUUAUCAAAUAGGUUUGAGUUUUAUUUAUUAGCCUGGUAAAAGGCACUUCACUGAAUUUGUACAGACUUAUUCCAAUGAGGCUAAAGUUGUAUUGUCUUAGUCAUAUAGAAAACUGGUGAAGAUGAGACGUCGCCUGCCAUCGUUGAGUUUUCAUAUUACUUCGGUUACUUUGUCAGCUUCUUUUCAGGCUCUUUUAUGAAUAUUUAAUUCAUCUUGUUCUAGUCCCUUGGUAUUCAAGGGUGUGCUGACAAUAUAUUAUUUUUUAGAGCAUUAUAUGAUGAAUGUAUCUGUCUGGCAAUAUAUGAAUUUAUCAGUCUGGUAAUAUAUGAGUUUAUUAGUCUGGUGCUACAUGAUAUUAUCUGUCUGGAAAUAUAUGAAUUUUCUGUCUGGCCAUACAUGAUUUUUGUCUGUGUACAAUCUAAUCAUGUUGAUUUCAUACUAAGAACUUAUUUUAUUCAUUCAUUUCAAAUUUAGAAAAUUCUUAGAAUUAAGUUUGUGGAAGUCUUUGAUUUUUAAAUUAUUUUGUUCUCAUAGUGAUAGGGAAGACUUGAUGAACUUGAUGUGUUUGACAACUUUAACUUGGGUAUGCAGGGUUAUGCAUUGUGUCCUUGGAUUUCCAUUUAAUUUAAUAGAUUGAACACAGCAUCAGCUUUUUGUAUUUUAGACUUUCUGUCUUUGUUGUGCCACCUUCCUUAUUAUUAAUACUCUACCCUUAUCAGUAAAAGAAUCUGCCAUUCUGUUCAGGUAUAUUGGCUCUGUUACCUGUUUUUCUUGAUGUUAAAUUCGUUUACUUUUUGGUUAUUUUGAUUUCUUUUGCACAUAACUGGUUUUGAUAUGUUCAAUGAUAUGGUUUUCCCAGUCUAGAUCCACUAAACUCUUUGGAUUUUCAUGAUCUACUCAAUAAUUCAGUUGGUCCAAUGUUUUGAUUUUUUUUAGCUGAACAAAGAAAGAUUUGAAGUAAUUUAGUCAGUUGAAAGGACAAAAAGCCCCCACAAAAAAAUGUAUGAAUUCAAAUAGUUUAAAUUAUUGGGAAAAUUAUUAUAAAUAGCUGGAAAUUUGACCACCACCACCCCCACAAAAAAAGCAGACAUAAGAUAAGCACUAUACACACAUUUUUAAAAAAUGUAAACAAAUCAUAUAAUAAAUGUCAGAUGCUUUAAUUGAAUUCAACGGUUGGGAGAUUUUCAUCCUAUUAUUCUACAUUUUCUUAAUCCAUACUCUUCUUAUUUUUCUACACACAAAAAAGUUAUAAACAUUUUCUUUCUAUCUUAUUGGGAUUUUUCUGGUUCAACACUAGUUUUCACCGACAAUUUUGAUUUAUUUUAUAAUACCCUGUACUUAUUUCAUCAAUACAUAAAAUACGAUGCAUUUAGUUUGAUGAAGCUCAAUUACGAGUCUUCUUACAACUACAAUAAUUGUAAAAUAUAUAACAAAUUGUAAAUAGUUGAUAUUUUUUAAUUGAAAGUUCUACUUUUUAAAAAUGUUCACUCCACUCAACAAUCACAUAUGCAGUGAUACAUGGGGAGACAGAACUCUAUUAGCAAAUGUUUUAAGAUAUUUCAUGGUUUGAUAAAUAGCCUAUAUUAUGCUCUUCACGUUUUAAACUUAGCUGUAGUACUAGACUAGUUAUUUUGUGUGAAGCUAUUUUUCAUAAUGGCAAAAUGACUCUUACAAAUUAUGAACAAUUCCUUUCAAUUUAAAAGCUGUGAGCUUCCUGAAACUAUUUACAACUAUUUUUGAGAAACAAUGCAUAAAAUGAAAAGGCCUAGGCAAAGUAUACAGAGUUAAGACUUUAUUUAGUCUAUAUAUAAAAUAUUUUUUGUGACUUUCAAUAGAUAAUAAACAGAGAGGAUUAUUUUUUUAAUUCCAUACAAAAAGUAAAUAAUCCACCGUUAUACAAAUAGACAUAAAUUUUUAUUUUUUUUUCUGGUCAAUUUAGGAAUGGGUUAUUGUUUUCAGUAUAAUUUUCAACAAUAAAAAAAAUUUGAAAACUAAAUUGAAUGGGCAUUCAAUUAUAAAAUAUAGAAAUAAGGCAACAUCUAUCGUAAUCUAUUAGUUACUCUCAACUGAUAAAGAAAUAAAACUUCAUACUGUAUAUUGAUGAUCUGGGUUAUUAACUAUUUCUACAUUCUCUACAGCUAAUUUAGACUGUAGGAAGCUCUAUAAUACUCAGUAUAUAACUGCUCAAAUCUACUCACCAAAGCUUUGUGCUAACAAUUUAACUAAACCAUUUGAAGUAAUGUUUAAAAAGCCCUGACAUACUGGAGCUAUUUGUCUUGUUGAUAGACCCAAACUGAUGCCACCAUUGUAUCCUGACCUUCAUUCUGGUGUCAUGUAGGCAAGAAGGACUUGUCAUAGAAUUGCACAUACCAAUUGUACAGGUACUGCUUCAUGUCAUCUUACACAGUCUUCUUUAUUAUUUUCAUACUAACCUUGAGCUGAGAUUUUUAUUCUGCAAUUCAAAUUGUUACGUAACUGACAUCUGAAGUUUUCUACCUGAACAGUUUGAAUCUAUGUUUUACUUAUCUGAGGGGAACAGUGUUUUUAUUUCAUUAUACAUAAAGGAAUGCUGAGUGGAUUUGUAAUUUUUCAAAGUUAAUACUCGUCUCAUCCUGCAGUCAUCUUUUUUUGAGUACCCAGUAUUGAAAUAUGGAAAAUUAUUAUUGCAUGAAAAGUAAAAUAAAUUUCUUUGGAUGUCCUCUUUCCAUUUGGAACAUAAUUCUUAGAUAAUAUCUCUUGCUAGGUUGAUUUUUUUCAUUUUUCCUUUCCUGGUUAUCUCUUUAAAGAAUUACUUAUCUAAGUUGUUUUUGAAUGACUCACCUGAGCUUUGCUUACAGCAUUAUUUCAAAUGAUAGUUGUUAUUUGAACUCAAUCUAUUUACGUUGUCAUAAUAUUGUCUUUAUGCUCAUUGUCGUGGAUUUAAAAGUUUUCUUUCUUUUUUUUUACUUGUCUUUUUGUUUCUAAUGAUAUUUCUCAAAGUUUUCAAUGAGGCAUUUCACUGAGUUUAAUCAAAAAACCUGUUCAUAAUAGUGGGCAUAGAUUUUAAAGCGAAUCUGUUUUCUCACUUAAACUUUAAUCAAAAUUGAAAUUAACCAAAGUUGUUUAUACAAAAUAAUUACCGGUACUAAAGAAACAAAAACAAAAUUUCAAUGUUUUUUUAUUUUAUUUAUACAAGUUACAUAUUUUUCCUUUUAAAUUCACAAUAAUUUUAAAAAAAUAAAAUCUAUAUAACACCACACUGUCAUCUGGAAUAUUUUAGUAUAUAAUGUUCAGAUUUUUUCUAUUACAGUUUUUCUAUUAAAUUACUACACUGAGCCACAGUUUGUUAGGAAUAUUUCCUGUGACCUUGAAGUUACACACUUUUAAAAAAAACAAUUUAAUUUAAACUAGACAGAAAAAUAAACACAAUUAUUUACACAUAUAAUUUACCUGUUUACUUGUAUUUGAAAAAAAAAAUUAUUGUAAAGAAAGUAAGAAAAAAAAUGAUUAAAUCUAAUUAUUAUAGAAAUGAUGGAGUUAUUGAUGAAAAUGAUGCAAAGAAGAAAUAGCUAAAUAAGCAUCAAGUUUCCCCUGAGCACUUUGAUUGUAAUCACUAAUAUUCUAUUGAGUUUCAUCCAACCAAGUAGUUUUGGUUCUCUCUCUUCUGUCUCAACACUAGUUAGCAAGGCAUUUCGUCUUUGAAAAAAUAGUCCUAAUUUCGUUUAUGUAAAAAGGCAAUAAACUAGCCAUAAUAAUGUAGUGUUGACCAGAGCAGAACUACAGUUACAUUGUGCACUAAUAUUUUACUUUAUUUUGUUUAAUUAUUUGGUUAAUAAUUUUAGCGAUCCACUUAAAAUUGUAAAAUAAUGCCAAAACAAAGCCAUGUUAUUAGAAUUGUUUGUACACUGACAAAUCAAAUAGUCUGCUGUAUUCUUAAUUCAGGUCUAUAGCUCAUACUGCAGUAUUCUUUUAACAUGAUAGUUUAAAUGCCGAAGUAGCAUGGGAAAUUUUUUUAAAGUUUUAUAUAUUCAAGUAUAAUUAUACUAAUUUGCACAGAUCUGAAGUUAAAAAUAUUUUAAUUUUGUAUAUUUUACUUUACAUUACGAAUGUCUUAAUUGUGUGAUGGAGCCCAUUAUAUACUUUCUGACUGAGAAAUCUGAAUGGUGUUUUGUGAUGAUAUAUACUUUCUGAUUGAGAAAUCUGAAUGGCGUUUUGUGAUGACACAGUUCUCAAAGUCAGAGAGGAGCCGAUUACUUUCAGAAUGUGCCUGUCGUCUUGGCAAUUUUUAACAGUCUGAUUUCUGUCUAGGCAAUACUUGCAGUCUGCUUUCUGUCUCAGCAAGGCAUUAUCAGAUACAAUGUUAUGUCUUAACAUAGAAAUAUAUUUUGUAGAAUAAUUUCUUUCCAGAAGCAUGAGAUGUGAUGUAUCCAUUGCAAGCUACUUAAUUUUGAUUGUGUGUGUUCCAGAUAUGCUACAAAAACAUUUGAACCUAAGAAACCCAGUCGCUUCUUUGCAUCCCCUGUUGUGAACUGAAUGUUCCAGACUUCUGAUCAAUCAAACAGUCAACCAACAAAUGGACUACUUUGAAGCUUCCACAAUGCACCCGUGAAGAUAUGCUCUUGCUGAAUUUGUCAUUUACACACAUUUAUUAUAGAACAAUGAUUAAUUCUCAUUCACUACAAAUUGUUUUUUAAUUUGCUUAUUUUAAUUUUGUAAGCACAUUUAAUUUCACCCAGUGUAUACCAUGAAGUGUGUUUAUGAAAUGUUUUGAUAUAUUUUAUAAGAUAUAUAUUUUGAAUGUUAUGUUGAAUCCAUUUAUCUGUUGUAUUUAUUUUUCUAACAGCAGUUCACCACACCAAUCUACCACAAUCUGCCUUCCUUAAUUCAACUAUGUGUACCGGUAUUAUACUUUUUUUCCUGAUUAGUAAAUAGUUCAUGUAUUUCAAAUGGUUUGUACUAUAAAGUUGAGCAUUGUGUUCAGUAACCACAUAUCAUUUAUAAUGGUUCCCUAUUUCUUUGUGUAUGAACUCAAUUAUAAUGGACAUUUGUACGACAUUCUGAGCCAAUAGUUUUCAUAUGGAGACAGUCUAAGCCAAUAGUUUACAUAUGGAGACAGUCUGAGUUUACUUAUGGAGACACUCUGAGUUUACUUAUGGAGACAGUCUGAGCCAAUAGUUUUCAUAUGGAGACAGUCUGAGCCAAUAGUUUUUAUAUGGAGACAGUCUGAGCCAAUAGUUUACAUAUGGAGACAGUCUGAGCCAAUAGAUUACAUGUGGAGACAGUCUGAGCCAAUAGUUUUCAUAUGGAGACAGUCUGAGCCAAUAGUUUUCAUAUGGAGACAGUCUGAGCCAAUAGUUUACAUAUGGAGACAGUCUGAGCCAAUAGUUUACAUAUGGAGACAGUCUGAGCCAAUAGUUUACAUAUGGAGACAGUCUGAGCCAAUAGUUUACAUAUGGAGACAGUCCGAGCCAAUAGUUUACUUAUGGACAACUAUUUCUUAAUAGUUGUUAACAUUUUCUAAUAAAACCACUGACAAUUUUAUACUGCGCAAAUGAAUAAUUGUUUUGAGAGUUAUGCCAGUUUCGGUAUUGCCAUAGAAUGUUUAUAUUACUGACCUGCGUCAAACAAUUCAUGUGUUGUAAUAUGUUGGCCCAUAACUUAAGACUAUGGAUCAGUACUGGUAGGGAUUUUCUGAAGGUGCUGCAUAGUUGAAAGUUCAAACUGUAAAUAGUGUAUAUUUUUCUCACUCGAUGUUAGCCUGAUGUAAAAAUUUAAAACUCCUGUAUAUAACUAUGAAUUCCUUAAACCAGUGGAUAUUGGGAUUGAGUAAAUAUCCAAUGGAUCAACUACUUAGUCAUACCACAUUGUAUUUAUUUCUGAUAAUCCUUUUAUUUGCACUGCUUAUCUUUGUUUUCAAUAUCUUUAAAAACUUGGUGAGACAUUUUAUUUUAACUGAUAUAAAUUUGAUUUCAAGGUUUCUGACAAGAUUAUCAGAAAUAGACAGUAAAAUUUAAAGAUACAGUUCCUCAUGAUUAAGAUUAAGUAGAUAGCACAAAUUUGUAUUUUAUAAAGUAUUAAGUGAAGCCCUGUCUAAGUCUACACUAAGCAUCUGCCUGCCUUCUGGUUGGUACACUUGGGCAGUACAUCCAGGAUUAUUUCUUGUUUUUAGUUAAAACAAAUCUGACCUCAUUUUUAGAUGAACUUUUUUGACACCAGCCAUUCAUUUCGACACAUAUUUUUGAAUGCUUAUACAACAAAUGACAUUGUCACAGUUGACUUAAACCAGGAGGCAGAGGUGGAUCAAUUGAAGGGGCUCUGGUUUCAUUGAAGUAAGAGGUUCAUUCUGAAAUUUACUUUUGAUCAAAUGCAAAGCCUACUUCUUGGGAUCCAUCAUUGUUUUCUUUUUAAAAUUAUGUCUGAAUAUUGCAGGUUUUAGUGUCAUUAGUUUCAUUUCAAAUAAAAUUAGACAAU